AUGAAGAAAAUCAGCUGGAUUAGAAAGAAUUGGCUCCUGGUGGCCGGUGUGGCCUUUGUCAGCGUCCACCUCGGUACCUACCUUCUCCAGAAGGCCGCCAAGCAGUCUGCGAAAUCCGGCCUGGAAAUUAAACAAAAGGAUCUUGACGAGUGACGUUCCACCUGCAACCCCACAUUCCACAGUCGCUGUCAAACAAGGGCCUCCGCGUGUUUGUCGUUGGCUGCAAAAAUACGUGGACUCACAGUGUUGUGCCAUUUAUAGCUCUCGUUCAUUAAAUGUACUUUCGUGAAAGCGGCGCAGAA